AACAAAUCCUUUUUUUCUGAAAUUCAAGGUGCUCACAUGCUGAGGACCUAGAACUGUUUCCCUCAAAACUUUGUCACCUCAUUCUUAUCGGGCGCCGUUACGCUAUUUUUUGAGCAAGUUGCUCCCCUCUUCCUGGACCUAAAGGAAAACGGACGGCCUAUAGAAGCGGCGGUCAGAGAGAUAACCUUUCCGCUAUGUGCCGGUUCCUGGUAUAUAAAGGAAGCGAUGAGAUUUUGCUUUCCAAGCUGAUCCUCGAGCCAACUCAUUCUAUCCUUAAGCAGUCCUUUGAUUCACGACUUCGAUUAGAUACCCGCCGCGGACAAAACAAUGCAGAUGGCUUCGGCAUCGGCUUCUAUACCAACCCCAAGCUCGGUGCGGCUCCAUGCCUCUUCACGUCGACUACGCCCGCAUGGAACUCCCCGAAUCUGAACCGGCUGGCGAGCAAAACAGCCUCCCGUCUUAUAUUUGCCCACGUGCGCGCCACAACAGAGGGCUCCCUUUCCGAGGACAACUGCCACCCUUUCUACCACGGUAGCUUGAUGUGGAUGCACAACGGUGGCCUUGGUGGUUGGAAGUACAUCAAGAGGCGGCUUGGCGAACGCCUAGCGGACAGGUGGUACCUGGGGGUCGUGGGCGGCACGGACAGCGAGUGGGCGUUUGCCCUGUUUCUCGACACUCUGGAGCGCAUGGGAUACGACCCGAGUGCACAGCCUGAAAAGGGGUUCGGACCGACAGUUCUGCGCAGGGCGAUGCUCAAGACCAUUGAGCUGAUCAACGAGCUUAUAGACGACAUACCGGAGAGUAUUAUCCAGGCCGAGAAGGUGGACACGCGAAGCCUGCUUAACUUUGCCCUCACGGACGGGCACAGCAUCAUCUGCACAAGAUAUGUGAGCAGCGCCACCGACGAGGCUGCGAGUCUAUACUACUCCUCAGGCAGCCAGUGGGAGAAUAGGCCGUCUCACGAGGAUGAGUGCAACUUUCAGAUGGAGCGGCGUGACAAAGGUGCCGAUGUUGUCCUCGUCGCUAGUGAGCCGUUGACGUUUGAGAGGGAAAAUUGGGUCAAUGUACCAACAAACUCAAUUCUUACCAUACACGGUCAAACGGUCAUGGUACACCCGAUCAUGGACCAGUUCUCUAACCACAGCCCCUACCACACACGAUCUGCCGCCUAUGUGCAGACAAAGGGCCUGUCAGCGAACGAGAAGCUUGCCAUGACCCCAGCGUUAGAGGAUGCAGCCAGAGUCUCUGCGUCUGCGAUUGCUGCAGAGGCAUUGCAACGGCGCCUUCAGGGCUCUGCGGCCCAAGCUCCUCUCCCAUAUCAACCGCGGGUGCGGCCGCCUGUAGAAACCUCCUUGGACUUGCGCUCUGUGACACAACCCAAAAUACAACAACGACAUUCCUCACCUAACCCUCCUUCUCAGGGUAAUAUCAAGAAGAAGAGAAGGUCAUUGAACGCUCUGGAACGGGCGCAUGGGGGCCAGAGCCGAGACCAAGACUCUGGAUCAGAACCGCCUACACCGUCUGAGGAACCCCCGCGGAAUAACUUUGGCGAUCCAAACAAGAUUGCGCAAUAUUUCCCGGAACUAACUUUGUCUUGAAACCCCGCCCUUUGGUUGCUGUUUAGAGCAGGCGUAUAUGCUGUUUUGAUACCCAUCCCGUCUCGGCUGUCGUUUGUUGAGUGGCAUUGUGUGGAGCUCUAGAGACUGAGCUUCACCAUGUCUGCUUUGGUGUCUAGAGGUAGACUUAAAUGGGUGUCUGCCCGUUGCAGGUGCCUCAACAAGUCAGCUAGUGUAUUCUGAGUUUCUAAAGAUUGCUUGUCAUAGACUUUUACACCUCCA